CUCUCAGUAUAACACUGUAAGAGUAUUUAUGAGUCUCUCUCUCUCUCUAAAUUCUGAGACAGAAGAGGACAAAAAGGGAACAAAGCAACACAGCACCGGAGAAAAGAGCACCGCCGGACUCCGGUCAUCUCCGUGACCGCCGUGUAAAUGAUAUGUGGGUUCAGCUACAAAUUGAAAAGAUUAGUACUUCCAUGUGCUUUUGGUGUUCUAACAAAGUGUUACAGCCUUGCUGCAUAAAUUUCUGUUCAAAAGUUAGAUGAUUGGUUGCAAAGUGCUGUUGACUUACAAGCGAAAGCGGCCACGUAGUUCUGCUAUUUUGCGUGAGCAUGGGAUUGCUAAUGUAUCUACCAGAUCCCCAUCAUCUGCCUCAGUUACACCACAGAAGAAUGAGGCAACUGAACACCAUAGGUCCAAGGAUGAAAGAAAAUACUCUGGGGGAAAUCCCCAAGAAGGUUGCUCACAUCAAUUAUCUGGUCAAGUAGUGUCUAACAAUGCUGAUCCAUUUAAAGGAAGGAAGUUAAACUCCCCUUUGCUAACAUUUCAUCGAAGAGCCAAACGGAACAAUCAUGUAAAUGGGCCAGAUGUGAAGUGUGUGCUCAAUGUUGGAGAUAGUGUGUCAUCAUCAAUUGGAAACUCUGUGCAGGGUGUUACUCCUUGUAUAUUUGAAGUGACACCUAGUAACAGUUGCUUUGAAGAUGCUUCAGCAAAUCAAAAGCAUCAAGAGAUUUUGUUGCAGACAACUGGUAAUGAUGAUCAUCAUUCAUGUGUUUCUGCUGGAUCAGUGCCUCAGAUAAAGGCACCUCCUGAAGUUAAUGAACAGCCUCAUAUAGUGGAUGAUACUCCGACCCUUCAUGAAGUAACUGCUUUGGAUUCUGGAUCAAAUCUCUCCAGUUUACAUAAAAAUGCCGGCACAGAUGUGCCCAAAGAUAUCUUAGUCAAUUCAUCAAAACCCACUCAGGGCCUUUCUUGCUCAGCUGUGGACAAUGCUGAGGUGACCGCAUCAUCUACCUCUCACACUUCCAUAGGGACAGAGUGUCAAGUUAUAGAUCUGAAUAUCUCAGAAUUGCCUGAUGAGAAUGCAAACAAUAGAGAUUCCCUAACUUUGGACCUAUCAAUUCCAUUGCGUGAUUCUGCUGAUAGAGUGGGCUGCAAUAAGAAAUUAGCGUGUGAUUUGGAUGACCAACCCAUUUGCAGUACACCAGAACUUCUCUGCACUAAAUCAGACUCCUGUAGUGGGCUUCAAGCUACAGAAUCAUGUAAGGUAUCCACGAGCAAGAGUUUGGAAUUGAUUGAUGAGAGAAUUCUGAACAUUCCAUCAACAGGGGCAGAGAUAAUUGAAACUAGUUGCACAUCAGCAGAAGCAGCAGGAAAUAGUUGCAAGGGCACAGGAUCAAAGAAUAACCCUUUGCAGCUCUCCUCAGAGGACAGGACCUAUGAUUUCUUUCCAUUAUCAAGUACACCAAAAAAGACGAGCACCACUGAGGAUUCUGAUGACAGAACCACUCACCUGCAAGAAAGUAGGUUCCUCCCAGUAUCUGUGGGGCUAAACUCACUUUUUCUUGGUUCAUCAUUGCCACCGGAAACAAUGGUUGAUAGGCACGCUUAUGUUUCAAGCUCUCAAAGGGCCUGUACUGGCAACCAGUCAAGAGAAUUUAUACUUGGUGGAGUUCCCCAACUUCCUUCAGACCACACUGCUUUACUUUUUCGACAUCAGAUGAUACUUGACAACAUAGUCGGCAGCAGAGCCGCAUCCCUGAAAGGAAACAAGAAUAGAUUUCCCGAGAAACUCGAGUCUCCAAUGAUGUGGUCUGAAGAGGAGCUGGAUUCUCUAUGGAUUGGGGUGAGAAGACACGGGAGAGGCAAAUGGGAUGCCAUGUUGAGGGAUCCGAGGCUGCAUUUCUUUUCUUGGAGGUCCUCUAGGGACCUUGCUGAGCGCUGGGAGGAGGAACAAUCCAAACUUUUGUGUGGUAGAUCCGUUUCACAAGUAAGACAGUUGAGAAAAGCAGACUUGUACCAUGCCAAUGGUGUUUACUCUGGAAAGACGGGACAGGAGGAUCUGGCGAAUGAUGUUCAACUUUCACUUGGGCAUGGAUAUUCCCAAUCUGAGGACAUGGAGAAGCAUUCACGCUACCAUUUUCUUAACAUACAAAGUACUGGAUCGACCUUUUGUCCUUAUUAUCACCGAGGAAAGCGUAGCAGAGCAAUGCUCACCCAAUCCGAAAGGAGUGAAAGCCAUUCUGUGCCAUAUGUUGAAUCUUCAUUUAUUGCUGGUCUGCCAACCGAUAUGGCUGUGAGCGGUACUUUGCCUCGCUGGAUUAAAGAAGCUGUAGCCAUACCUAUUAGGCCUCUCGAUUCUCCUUCCAUUACCUCCUCGCUUUGUCAGACAGGAUUAAAAUGGCCAAAUCAUACCUUCUCAGAAUCUAAUGGAACUCAUGAAUCAACGGAUAGAUUAAGAAGCGUUCACAGUAUCCCAACGGUCUGUAGCACUCACUCUGCUAUUUUUCCCACAACAAAACAACAGAGAAAGUUUGAUCUUCACGAGUCUGACACUGAUAAAAAGGAUGAGUUCAUCAUCAUCCAUAGUGAUGAUUCUUCAGAGGAGACCAUAUCUGAUGAUCACAACCUUCAGUCUUAGUGCUGCCUGAAUUUAAAGAUGCUGAAUUUGGAAGCUGUAGAAAGGUAGGUAGUUUCGUGCUCUGUAUAUUUUAUGUUUGUACUUUAAAUGAGAGCUUCCAGUAAUGUAAUUGUUAACUAGUAGUAUUAAUUUACUUCCACGAAGCAUCAACACCACUGGAUUCUGUAGAUUCUUGAAAAUUGUUUGAUUGCCACUUUCAGAAGCUUUGCAAAGAGGGGUAUGAAGCUUCUUCUCUCUUCUUCUUCCUUU